UAUCCUCUCUGAACAAUCAAAGGCAAUGGUCCUUACGGAGUCGCGGUUUACGAGGGAGACUUUUUCACUGCAAAAGCCAGGGAAUUAAACACUCACUGUUGGAAUGAACCAGAGCCCAGUCAGUAGUCGCUAUGGAUUAAAACGGAAAUAGUUGUGAUGGCUGUAAAUGUGAAAAAGUAGCCAGAACAUCUACAGAGCAGCAAGACCGUCAGCAAGCAGCUAGAUGCACGAUCCUUGCUAGUAUGAGCGAGCCGAACGGUCACAAACCUGGCUGCAGUCACAAUUCCUCAAUAUUUUAACUCAACCAGCCUCGUGAAACCUUGAACGACUUUUUGCUACUUUCAAUUCCGAACAGUCCAAAGUCGGCUACAUUUUUGAUUCUGACAGAAUUAUGGCGGGGAAGCUGACAGCAGGCUCGGGAAUACUGCUCGUGACAGCCAACGUUGGAUCGCUCUUUGAAGAUCUCGAUAACCUACAGAAGACAUGGCUGCGGGAAUUCUACCAGACUGUCCAAUCACACAAGCCCCACUUCAUCGCAGUGCACUGUCAGGAGGUGGGCGGGAAGAACUACGAAGCGUCCAUGGCACACGUGGAUUGUUUUGUCAAAGAGCUGCUGUCCAGUGAUGCCAUGAAGGAGUACAACAGAGCCCGUGUCUACCUCGACGAGAACUACAAAUCCCAGGAACAUUUCACAGCACUAGGAAGUUGCUACUUUCUUCACGAAUCCUUGAAAAACAUCCACCAGUUUGAUUUCAAAGCCAAGAAAUUCAAGAAGGUGGUUGGGAAAGAGAUCUACUCAGACACUCUAGAGAGCACAUCCAUGUUGGAGAAGGAGAAGUUUCCUCAGGACUACUUCCCUGAGUGCAAGUGGUCCAGAAAAGGCUUCAUCAGGACGAGAUGGGCUCUGGCUGACUGUGCCUUUGACCUGGUCAACAUCCACCUGUUCCACGAUGCCUCCAACAUACUGGCCCGGGAGAAGAGCCCCUCUGUCUACUCCGGGAUGAGACAGAAGGCCCUUGGCUUUGUUUUAGACAGGAUCACUGACCAGCGGUUUGAGAAGGUGCCAUAUUUUGUCUUUGGGGACUUCAACUUCAGGUUGGAUACAAGGCAGGUUAUCGAGAGUCUGUGUUCCACUGCCACCAUGCAGACGGUCAGAGUAGGUGACACCAAUGAAGUGGAGAAGCUAAUAUUCAGAGAAUCAGAGAACGAUCGCAAGGUUGUACUUCAACUUGAAAAGAAGCUUUUUAAUUAUAUCAACCAGGACGUUUUCCGUGAAAACAAUGGGGCCCUGUUUUUACAGUUUGACAGUGAGCUGUCCUGUUUCAAGGAACGGCUGCACGAGCUGGAGAUCUCCUUUCCUCCCAGUUAUCCAUACAGUGAAGACAGCAGUCAGGGAAAGCAGUACAUGGACACCAGAUGCCCUGCCUGGUGUGACCGCAUCCUCAUGUCUGCUACAGCUAAAGACCUGGUCUUAAAGCCUGAAAAUGAGGAGAAAUACUUGGUCUACGACAAUAUAGGGCCCAAUGUCUGCAUGGGGGACCACAAGCCUGUCUACCUGUCGUUUCGAUUAACAGCCGGGGCAGGUAAACCUAAUGCAAAUAAGCACAAGUGUUGUAACGUGCAGUGAUGUCGUGGGAAGUGGUGCCAAAGGGUGGAGAAGAUCUCUGCCUGAAGGGCCUCUGUGAUAAGAAUCAAGAGUUGGACACCAACACACACACACACACACAAACACACACACGGAAGACCCUAUACAGACUGUUCAGCAGUGCUGACCAGUUGCAGUCGUUCUAACACUUCAUCCAUACAAGCUGUUGUUUUUCCACACAACACGUCUGUAUCUGGACUUCCCACCCGAGAGACGUUUGAGAUAAGACACACCUCACUGACCUUACCAUUGCUACGUGCACCCCAGUCCCCCAGAAGAAGGAAAAAAACUAUUUUACAGCCUUGUUGCCAAAACUCUAGUAGAAAUCAGUCUUAACUACAUUAUUUUAGAUAACAUACUUGCAAUUGUAGGUAUGUCUCUAUGUAUAGGAGCUACUUCCAUACAGUAUGUAAUAUGUUUUUAAAAAGUGCAUAUCUAUAUUGUUAGGUUUAUUUGUACAUUGGACAGUUUCACAUGGAGUUGUUGAUGGUUUUAGUGCCAUUGUCACUCUUCUGACCAAACUUUGUGGUCCCACUAUUUAGAAUAGAUACAUAUUUUCGGUUUAUUUCAAUGACUUUUUAUUUUAUUUUUAUUUUGUCAUUGCUGACUUGUGUGCCUAACACACUGCCAUGCCUCACACAUCAGCUGAAUCUCAUUUGAUAUACUGUACUUUUUAAAGAGAGAAUUUAUCAUUCUUAACACAAUUGUUAUGAAGUAUAUGGAGACAAUAUGGCUGCAUGGGUGUUCCAUCAGCCAUGACCUUUGACUCUAUCAUUACAAGUGAGAAAAAACAAACACUUUUUAGCCAACAUGAUUCAUACAGUAUAGUGUAUCCAAUUAUGUUUUAAGCAGUGCCAUAGACCAUGCAAGUAUAUAAGAUUGUUUCAUAUAUAGCACUCACAUUAUUAUUAUUCUAACUUAUUUCUAUGUAAUGAUAUUAUGGUUCUGAAUGUGAUGUUUUUAGAUAGGCUUUGGUAUUCUUUAAAAAAUGUAAAGGUCUUCUUUUUUUUACUGCAUUAUGGUGCCAAGUAUACACAAAAUGAAGUGUGAAAAGUCAACAUAAAAUACACCAGUCCAACUGAUAGAUAAAGGCCUUGAUUAUACAUUGUAAAAAAAAACUUUAAGGAAACGCUAAAGGCAGGAACGACUUGAGAGAAUUGCUUUUUAAUUUUGUAUGUAGCCUUCAACAGCCUUCAUUGCUAUGUUGCAAAUAAUUUCCUCUCGUCGCUCGUUAGAGCAUUAAACUGCAAUUAGGGGAGGCUGUUGUUGAAAAGAGAACGUUUCCUGUUAUUGAUUUAAUUUACUACACUACAGAGCUCAGACUGUGUGAAGCCGUUAGAUUGCUCCUUGAGUUUUCCAUCUAAAUCACCGCGAGUUGAAAUGAUUUUGUGCCUGCUGCAGAGUUCAUGUUGUCUUGACAGUGUGAUUCGGUUCGUGGGCAAAACUGCUUGUGUUUCCCGCUGGUCACGUGUUAAGAGAAGCGACAGUUUGUUCACUCCUUUCAGCAGAUAGAGAUUAUAUUCUACCCAAAUGGACGACAUGGCCUCUAGUGUUGAUUAUACGGUUCUCAAGCAAUAAAACCAUUAGAACUAAA